GUUCGACUCUCGACUCAUCGCUGCCAUGCAGAACCCUUUCAGUCGCUCCGCCUCGUCUUUUGAGAGCGCCAAAAAUAUGAAGACUACAAUGGCAACACCAUGACAUCCUACCCCAGCACCCGGCCGGUCUAUCGCAAGACGAGGUUCGUCUGCAUCUCCGACACCCACAAUCAAACACCGAAGCUACCAGCCGGAGAUGUCUUGAUUCACGCGGGAGACCUCACAAAUCAGGGGAGUCUAUCUGAGCUCCAAAAGACAGUCGCGUGGCUGGAAAAGGCAAACUUCGAAGCCAAGAUCGUGGUAGCUGGGAACCACGAUAUCACCUUAGAUUCCCCCUUCUACCAAGAGCACGGCGCCUAUUUCCACAACCAACAGCCCCAAGACCCGCUAGCAUGCCAGGAGCUGCUCAAGUCUUCGCCUACCAUUACUUAUCUCCAACAUGAAACCCGCGAUAUAUACCUGAGUAGCCCUACCGGUCCCCAAACUGUCUUCACUGUCUUUGGCAGCCCAUACUCCCCGGCGCAAGGGAGCUGGGGAUUCCAGUACAAUAAAGAUAGGGCAGCCACAAUCUGGGAUGCCAUCCCACUCAAUGCCAGUGUCGUAGUGACUCACGCGCCACCCUUUGGCCACUGUGACUAUUCUGCCGGGGGACGCUCAAAGGGCUGCGAGGCAUUGCGCAAAGCACUAUGGCGCGUCCGGCCCAUGCUGUCUGUAUGCGGCCAUACACACGAAGGCCGAGGCAUCGAACGCGUGACUUGGAAGAUGGACCUACCUCUCUGUCCAUACCUCGAGGACGGAUACACAUUCUGGGAUGAUCCAGGCGCCGGCACCAACAAGCUCAGCUACAUCGACCUGACGGAGAAGGGAGGCAAGAAGCUGGACAAUUACUAUGAGUCAAAGCAUCAGAGGCAAUUGACUCCCAACCGGGUCUCCUUUUCGCCACCGCCAGAGGGCGCGUCGUUGCCAUCUCCAACGAAGCACUCGAUGCACAGCCACAAGACAGCCCUGGGACGAGCACGGUGCCGCUCGAAUCCGAACAGGAAGAAGUCAUCGUCGCGGUCUCGUUCACGCAGUCGAUCUCGGAGACGCGCUGUACCUGGAAAGGACGCUAGAACGAGGGAUAUUACCGCCACCGACGUGAACACGGAUAGCAAGCCUGCAACAGAAGCUCGAGGUCGACAGCCAUCGAACGAGGUCUCAGCGCUCGAAGAAUGGUAUUCGCGUCUCGAUGGACUCAACAUAUCCGCAAUGGCAGGCAGAGAGGGCAAGAAGGAGACAUGUAUCAUCAACGCGGCCAUCUGUGGUACAAGCUGGGGCCAGGGGCCGAGAAAGUUCAACAAGCCGAUUGUUGUCGACCUCGACCUCCCGGUCUGGGACGGUGCGCCCACGCUGAAUUCGAAUCUAUCUACUGCACCGCCCUGAAGCUUGCCGUACGUCAAUUGAGGCUGUUAUUCCUACCUACCUACAAAAAUAGCUAGAUACCUAAUACCUACUAAAUAAGCGAAGGG